GCGAAAGCUGAAGAACAAGAGAGAAGAAGAAGUCUGAUGCGAUAUUCAUAACACAAGUCUCUUCAAUACCUACCAGAGGGGAGAUGACGAGAAGGAAAAUACAGAUAAAGAAAAUAGACAGUGUAACAGCAAGACAAGUGACUUUCUCAAAGAGAAGGAAAGGUCUCUUCAAGAAGGCACAUGAACUCUCAACUCUCUGUGAUGCUGAGAUUGCUCUCUUGGUCUUCUCUUCCACUGGCAAGCUUUAUGACUAUGCUAGCUCAAGUAUUCAGCAGGUAAUAGAAAGGUAUGAUCAACAUUCAGCCAUUCAAAUACAAGGCAAACCAUCUGUUGAUCUGCAGCUCGAAGGUGAUGAGAAGGAGCUGCACAAGGUAGUAGUAGCAGAAAAGACUCGUGAAUUGAGGCAGCUGAAUGGGGAAGAGCUUCAAGGAUGCACACGAAGAAUUGCAGACACUAGAGGAAAGACUUGAAAGAGGCUUGUCCCGUGUUUCAAAAACAAAGGAUGAAAGAAUCUUAAAACAGAUCAAUGCACUUAAGAGAAAGGGAAUCCAAUUCAUGGAAAAAAACCGAAUAAUGAAGCAG